AUGAUUCAAUUAAUUUCAAUUGAACAAAGAAUGAAAUUAAAAUCAUUUAAUAUGCCAGAGGUAUUGGAAUUUUGGAAAUGGAUUUCAUCAAAUACAUUGGCAUUAGUGACACCAACAUCAGUAUAUCAUUGGUCCAAGGAAGGCAAUAGUGACCCAGUCAAGAUGUUUGAUCGUCACCCCGACCUCGCCAACACCAAGAUUAUAAACUACCGUUCCGACAGCACACAACAAUGGUUGGCAUUGGUUGCCAUCCACCAAAUUGACAACCGUGUAGCUGGGCGUAUCCAGUUGUUCUCUGUCGAGAAGGGUAUUUCCCAGUCGAUUGAAGGACACGCCGCCUGCUUUGCCAACUACAUUGUGCCAGGUGCUACACGUCCAAGCAUCCUCUUUGUCAUCUCGUCGCGUAAUCCAACCGCCAGCAAGGUACUCGUUUUAGAGGUGAGCAAGGGUGACGGACCCAGUUUCACCAAGCGUCCAGGAGACGUGUUUUACCCACCCGACGUAGGUGCAUCUGAUUUCCCAGUGGCCAUGCAAAUCUCUGAAAAGUACGAGGUCAUCUACUUGGUCACCAAUCUCGGCUACAUCCAUUUGUUUGACUUGUCAACUGCCAGUUUGAUCUACCGUAACCGUAUCUCGACCGAAUCCAUCUUUGUCACUGCCUUCCAAGAGUCGACCAACGGCAUCAUCUGUGUCAACCGUAAGGGUCAGGUCUUGUCCGUCUCGAUCGACGAUGCCAACAUUAUCCCAUAUAUCUGCAACACCCUUGGUAACUACGACCUUGCUGUUGCCAUGGCCUCCAAGAACAAUUUACCAGGUGCCGAGGGUCUCCUCCAAGGCCAGUUUGAGCGUCUCUUCCAGCAGGGUCUCUACAAGGAGGCUGCCAAGGUUGCCGCCGACUCGCCAGGCACCACCUUGCGUAACAUCCAGACCAUCCAGCGUUUCCAAGCACUCCCAUCCGUCCCCAACCAACCACUCCCAUUGCUCCAGUAUUUUGGUAUCCUCCUCGAAAAGGGUAAGCUCAACAAGGUUGAGUCGCUCGAGCUUGUCCGUCCAGUCCUCCAACAAGGCAAGAAGCAAAUCCUCGAAAAGUGGUUGACCGACGACAAACUCGAGUGUUCAGAGCAACUCGGUGAUGAAGUGCGUGCCCACGACCGUAAGCUUGCACUCUCUAUCUACUAUCGUGCCGGUGCCUCAGACAAGGCUAUUGCAUUGUACGCCGAAGCCGGUGAAUUUGACAAGAUCAUUGCCUACUCGAAAAAGAUUGGGUAUACCCCCGACUAUAUGUUUUUGCUCAGUCGUUUGGUCGCCGUCAACCCCGCCGGUGCCACCGACUUUGCCGUCAAGCUCAUCAAGGACGAGAACGGUCCAUUUGCCGAUCCCAUGGCCAUCGUCGACUUGUUUGCUUCGCGUAACAUGAUCCAAGAGACAUCCAACUUUUUGUUCUCGAUCCUCACCAACGACAACGCCGCCGACGCCAACUUGCAAACCAAGUUGCUCGAGCUCAACCUCAUCCACGCUCCACAAAAUGCCGAUGCCAUUAUGGGCAGCCAGCGUUUCUCGCACUAUAACCGUGUGCGUAUUGGAAACCUCUGUGAAAAGGCCGGUCUCUACCAACGUGCCCUCGAACACUACACCGAACUCGUUGAUAUUAAGCGUGUGCUCGCCACUGCCGGUUCGGCCGUCCCACAAGACUUUUUGGUGCAAUACUUUGGCUCGCUCAACCCCGAGGACCGUAUGGAGUGUAUGAAGGACUUCCUCCGUGCCAACCCACGUCAAUACUUGCAGUUGGUUGUCGCCAUUGCCAUCCGUUACACCGAUGACAGCAUGACACCCGAGUCUGUCAUUGCCAUGUUUGAAAACUUCCGUCUCUUUGAAGGUCUCUUCCUCUACCUCACCCAAAUCGUCGUCACCUCGCAGUCCCCCGAGGUACACUUCAAGUACAUCGAGGCAGCAGCCAAGAGCGGCCAGUACAAGGAAGUCGAACGUAUGUGUCGCGACUCUAACUUUUACGACCCCGAAAAGACCCGUGACUUUUUGAAGGAGGCCAAGUUGCCCGACCAAUUGCCACUCAUCAUCGUGUGCGACCGUUACCAAUUCAUCUCUGAUCUCACCAUCUACCUCUACAAGAACAAUCUCAACAAGUAUAUUGAAGCAUACGUCCAAAAGAUCAACCCAACCAACACACCACUCGUCGUCGGUGCUCUCCUCGACCUCGACUGUCAAGAAGACUAUUUGCGUUCGUUGAUUGCAUCGGUUCGUAACAUGUGUCCAGCCGACACACUCGUCGAACAAGUCGAGAAGCGUAACCGUCUCAAGCUCCUCCUCCCCUGGUUGGAAGCCCGUGUCAACGAAGGCAACAUUGAGCCAGCCGUCCACAAUGCCCUCGCCAAGGUCUACAUUGACUCAAACAAGAACCCAGAGGCAUUCCUCGUUCACAACCAAUUCUACGACAGCAAGGUAGUCGGUAAAUACUGCGAGAAGCGUGAUCCAUACCUCUCGUUUGUCGCCUACAAGCGUGGUCUCUGUGACUAUGACUUGAUUGAAGUCACCAACAAGAAUGCCCUCUUCAAGAACCAAGCUCGUUACCUUGUCGAACGUCAAGAUCAAGACCUUUGGGCCUACGUCUUGGCCGAAUCCAACGAGUUUAAGCGUUCUCUUAUCGACCAAGUCGUGCAAACCGCUCUUCCAGAGACAACCAAUGCCGUCGAGGUGUCGUCGACCGUCCAAGCCUUUAUGAAUGCCGAUCUCCCCAACGAACUCAUUGAAUUGCUCGAAAAGAUUGUUCUCGAGGGCAAGGAGUUCCGUUCGGCCACCGAGUUGCAAAACUUGCUCAUUUUGACGGCGAUCCGUGCCGACAAGAGCCGUGUCAACGACUAUAUCAACAAGUUGGAAAACUUUGACGGUAGCCGUAUGGCACCAGUCGCCAUUGAUGCCGGUCUCUUUGAGGAAGCCUUUUUCAUCUACAAAAAGUUUGAUUUCAACGUUGAAGCUAUUGAUGUGCUCAUCAACCAGAUCGACUCGAUCGAACGUGCCUAUGACUUUGCCGAGCGUGUCAACCAGAUCGAAGUGUUUGGCAAGCUUGCACGUGCACAACUCAGCAAGGGUAUGAUCAAGGAGGCGAUCGAGAGCUUUAUCAAGGCCGCCGACGUCGACCUCUACCACGAGGUGAUCAGCGCAUCUGAAAAGGCCAACUGCUACGAAGAGCUCGUCAAGUACCUUUUGAUGUGUCGUAAAAAGAUCAAGGAGCCAGCCGUCGAGUCUGAGCUCAUCUAUGCCUAUGCCAAGGUCGACAAGCUCGCCGAGAUGGAAGACUUUAUCAACUCACCCAACUCUGCACACAUCCAAGUGAUUGGUGACCGUUGUUUCGACAGUGGAUUGUAUGAAGCUGCCAAGAUCUUGUUUACCAAUAUUUCCAACUUUUCACGUCUUACUUCGUGUCUUGUCAAGCUCGGUCAGUUCCAAUCUGCCGUCGAUUCGGCACGUAAGGCCAACUCUACCAAGACCUGGAAGGAGGUGUCGGCUGCCUGUAUCGACGCACGUGAGUUUAGAUUGGCACAAAUCUGUGGUAUCAAUAUUAUCGUCCAUGGUGAUGAAUUGGAAGAACUUAUCAAGCAAUACGAAGACAGAGGUUACUUUAACGAACUCAUUUCGUUGCUCGAGUCUGGUCUUGCAUCGGAUCGUGCUCAUGUCGGUAUGUUUACCGAGCUCGCCAUCCUCUACUCCAAGUACAAAGAGGACAAGUUGAUGGAACACAUCAAGCUCUUUUACGCACGUCUCAAUGUACCAAAGGUCAUCAAGGCAUGCGUCUCUAACCAACAAUGGUCCGAGCUCACCUACCUCUACAUUCACUAUGACGAGCACGACAAUGCCAUCAACACCAUGAUCAACCACUCGAUCGAAGCUUGGGACCACACUCUCUUCAAGGAGACCGUCUCCAAGGUUGCCAAGCUCGAGCUCUACUAUAGCGCCAUCCAGUUUUACCUCGAGGAACAACCCCUCCUCAUCAACGACCUUCUCACCGUCCUCUCGCCACGUAUCGAGCAUGCCAAGGCCGUCCAGUUGAUCCGUUCACUCGGUCACCUCCCCCUCGUCAAGCCAUACCUCGUCGGCGCCCAAGACAGCAACGUUGCCGCCAUCAACGAGGCCCUCAACGAGCUCUAUGUCGAAGAGGAAGACUACGAAUCGUUGCGUGCAUCCAUCGACGCCAACUCCAACUUUGCCACCAUCCAACUCGCCCAAAAGCUCGAAAAGCACGAGUUGCUCGAAUUCCGUCGUAUCGCCGCCUACCUCUACAAAAAGAACAACCGUUGGGCUCAAUCGGUCGAACUCUCUAAAAAGGACAACCUCUACAAGGACGCCAUGCAAUCGGCCGCCGACAGCAAGAACCCACAAGUUGCCGAAGAGUUGCUCCAGUUCUUUGUCGAUCAAGGCAACAACGCUGCCUUUGCCGCAUGUCUCUACACUUGCUACGAUCUCGUCAAGCCAGACGUCGUCCUCGAGUUGGCCUGGAGAAACAAUAUCAUCAACCACGCCUUCCCAUACAUCAUCCAAUACGUCAAGGAAAUCUCGGCCAAGGUCGACCAACUCGGCGAAGACAUGCAACACCGUAAAAAGAAACAAGAAGACGAAUUGCAAUCGGCCGAACAAGCUUCCUACCAACCAGAUUUCAACAACAUCUCUUAUGGAUAUGCUGCCACUGGUGGCAUGUUGGCUCUCCCUCCCGCCACUGGAAUGUAUCAACAACCACAAAUAGGUUAUAAUCAACAACAACAAGGUGGUUAUAAUCAACAACAACAACAAGGUUAUGGUGGUUAUUAUUAA